CCCUCACCACUCUCUCCUCCGUCUCGCACAAUCCCCUCGCCGCCGGCGCCGCCAUGCUCCGGCUCCGUCGCGGCGUCCUCGCCCAGCUCCUCUCUUCUCCCUCCGUCUCUCCUCUACACCGCCUCCUCUCCGCCGCCGCGCCCGCUGCCCCCUGCAUUUCCCCAAACCCUAGCUUCGCCGUGGAGGACUACCUCGUCCGUACCUGCGGCCUCACCCGACCCCAGGCCCUCAAGGCCUCCGCCAAGCUCUCCCACCUCAAGUCCCGCGCCAAGCCCGACGCCGUGCUCUCUUUCCUCGCCGGCCUCGGCCUCUCCACCGCCGACGUCGCCUCCGUCGUCGCCAAAGACCCGCUGUUCCUCUGCGCCAAAGUGGACAAAACCCUGGCCCCCAAUGUCGCGGAGCUCACUGGCCUCGGCCUCUCGCCUUCUGAGGUCGCACGCCUCGUCUCGCUUGGCCCCGACAGAUUCCGCUGCAGAUCCAUCGUCUCCACGCUGGAGUACUGCUUGCCCCUCUUCGGCUCCUACGACAACCUCCUUCGAGCCCUACCUCGAGCGGGUGGCUCCAUUCUCGGGUCCGACCUCGACCGGGUGGUCAAGCCCAAUGUCACCUUCCUGCACGAGUGCGGGCUAGCUGCUUGUGAUAUUGCCAGGCUCUGCAUACAUACGCCAUUGCUGCUCAACAUCAGCACCGAACGCAUCCGGACAGCAGUGGCAUGUGUCGAAGGUCUUCUUGGUGUACCCCGUGGAUCUCUGAUGUUCAAGCAUGCGCUACAAGCUGUUGCAUUCCUCAGCGAGGACAAAAUCACUGCCAAAGUGGAGCUCUUGAAGAAAACAUUCACGUGGACGGAUGCUGAGGUGGGCAUUGCUGUUUCUAGGGCUCCAUCGUUGCUGAAGAGGUCCGAGGACUCGCUGCAGCGCAUGUCCGAGUUCCUCAUCUCCGAGGUGGGUUUGGAACCGGCAUACAUUGCUCAUCGGCCGACACUGCUCACUUUCAGCCUGAAGGGCCGGCUAAGAGCCCGACACUAUGUUGUAAAGUUUCUUAAGGAAAAUGGAUUGCUAAGUCGCAAUCGGGAUUACUAUUACGCAGUCAAAAUUACCGGGAAGGAAUUUGUGGAGAAGUUCAUAUGCCCUCACAAGGAAGCUGCACCACACCUCGCUAAAGAUUAUGCGGCAGCCUGCAAAGAUGAAGUGCCGACUAGAUUCAGAUUUACAUGAACCAAGACUGGUCUGAAAAUUCAUAACUGCAUAUGGCACAACAAAAUCUUCACUCCUCGUAUCAUGCUAUUCAUUCCUGAUUUAGUGUUGUUGGCCUAACUGAAUGGUAGUUGGCUGCUAUCUAUUAUUUAUAGUAUGUCUGUAUGCUGAGGUUGCCAUUGCUGUUUGUAAGUCCCCAAUGGUGCUGUCAUUGUCUAAGGACCUGCUGCAGAGGAAGUCAGAGUUCCUGAUCUCUGAGGUGGGGUUGAAACCGGCAUACUUGGCACAUCGGUCGACAUUGCCCACUUACGGCCUGGAGGGCCGGCUAAUGCCCCGAUACUACGUUUUAAAGUUUCUCAAUGAAAAUGGAUUCAUAGAUCAAGACCAGGACUUCUUUAAUGCAGUCAUGGUCAGCGAGAAGGUAUUUAUGGAAAGAUUCAUAUGCCCUCACAUGAAAGCUGCACCGCAUCUUGCUGAAGACUAUGCAACUGCUUGCAGAGGGGAAGUGUCUGCCAGAUUCAGUUUUACAUGAACCAAUACUGAUAUGAAAAUGGGUAUGUACCGGGAAAACAUCGCACUGUAAGGCAAAGGAGAUGGUCCCUUUUCUGGUGCUUGUUGAAAUUAUAGAAACAAGAUUAAUGAAAUGUAGGUGAGGGGAACAGGUCGAAUGGUGAAGUGACUUACCACCAGGUGAAGAUGUGCUGAAAGUGGAUGUAGAUGGUGCUUUUUUUCUUCUUCCAGGAAACUAGACGAAUAAUGGCAGCAAUGGCUUUGCUGUACUAUACAUUAUUCUGAAGUCUCUGUUAGUUGAUGACGCCCUGAAGCUUCAGCAACAAGUAUGGCCUGACAAUGCAUGAGUUUUAUUCAGGGAAGCUCCUACUUUUCUCUUUGUUGCAUCUUGCAAGUUAAGUAAUCCUUCUAGUAUUGUACUAUAGCUUUGAAUAAACUAGCAUCAUCUGGUGCUUUAAUCAAUUUUCUACAUUUUGGUGCAUCUUCACUUGGAUAUAAACAAUCUGAAUGAGUCACUCAUGCAUGUAAAAAGUAGGUGGUAUGUAAAUUUUGUACUCUGAAGUCUGAAGUCUGAAUUUGAAUCAGAGCUGAACGUUAUCCAUGAAUCUUUCAAACUUCAUGUGUGAACUCUGAAACUUAUUAUACCCAAUUCAAGUGUGAACCUAUAGUAAGCAUUUAGAAAUCUUUCAGGAGCCAAGUUAACUUGAAUCUGAGCAGAAAGUUGCCAGCAGCUAAUAGGCUAAACUUUUAUUUACGAUUUCACUCCAGUCUCUUCAGAGCCACAACUAUUAUACUGAGAAGAGUAUCAACAUUUUCCAUUAUCAUAGCAGCAUAUAUAUGACAAGAGGUCUUAUGUUUUCAGAAUGUUGGGAGUGGGCUUAACUACUUGUGAUGAGAAAUCACUUUCUUACCUUAAAUACAUCGGUGAUUAGAGGAUUUUGAUUCUCCUGUCGUUUUCAUAAAUGUCCAAUUUAGUCUAUUAAAAUAGGCAUAUUUUCAUACGGGUUCACCAAAAGGGAAGUGUCAUUUUUACAGUGUCAGCAGAUAAAACUGUUUUAGAUUGAAGUGUAAAGCGUGCAUUUAGUAUCUAAUGUAUUGAAGGCACAGUGAUGAAAUCCAAGUGCAAAUGCUAGUUGAUUAGCAUCAUUCUUAUUUCUGCAAUUUAUUUCUCCAACAUUUAUGCAUAUCCAUGAAGGCAAUGUGCUGAAAGUUGAUAAUAAAAUACAGCUCCUGAAUUAAUCCUGAAAAUUAUAACAAUUAUCUCUAUGGAGCAGAGACGGAAAGACCACCGCGGCCGUGAGGACGACCAGGAGAGCAGCACCAACUGGAGGAUGAUGUAGUACUGCUUCUGUUUCCAGAUCAAACUCAGCAAGGUUGUAUACCAACUGAACUUUUACACGAAGAGGAGAGCCUAAUGAUGAGAGAUUCCGGGGAUUGAACAGGACUAUAAAUCGAUGAGUCUAAAUAAACAGGGGCUGGGUUUGAACAUGGACAGUUUUGAAAAUUUCCAUCCUCAUGUCAUGUUGACACCACAUGUUGGAACAGAGAUAUUACGAGAUCAGUUAUCAUUUCUCAGAUGUCCCAGCAAAUGAGAAAAGUGGUGUAGCUUUCCUCAUCAAUAUCAAGAAAUCAAUAGACAAUCGUUUCCUGUCUAGUAGAUAAUUAGAGGCAACUUGGGAUGGCACCGGCUGGGGGCUCUUCACUCUGAAGGAGGGUCAGCAAAGUUUGAGCUGAAAAGGCGGGUUUGAGCAUGUGUUUGUGGACUUUUACUGUAGGGCAUGUAGACUGUUUGCCAGCUCAAUAUAAGUUGCGGCUGAUUGUUGUUUCAGGAAUCUCUUCCUACUGGGGAAAGGAAGAUGGCGACUGUUGGGGUUGAUGGGACACUUUGGGGGAUCCAGAAGGCCAAAAAAUAUGGCAUGUUUCGAGCUACGAUCCCAGCUCACUGGUCUUUCAUGUUUGCUACUGGAUUAGCAACCGUUGGAGCUUGGUACAAGUGGAGGGAAAAAGGGAGGCGUCGCAACAGGGCGCAAAGCUCAUGGCGUCUGAAGCGUUCCAUUUUCUUUCGGAAAGGAGGAUACCCCCGGGCCUCUGCAUCAAGGGAUGCACACAGCCAUCCAUGGAGGCAGGAAUUUUCUAUUUUCUAUCUCUUGCACGCCGUGUAGCUACUACGUCUACGUAUCAGCUGGUUCAUCUCUGGUUAAUUUUAUGUUACUGAUGUACAGAAUGAACAAGUUUGCUUCCAGAAUUGUAGAAUAGGCUUGAUUGCAAAAUUCUGGAACCAUGGCAAUUCAGGUUACUCUAAAUCUUCAUCCGUGACUUGCACCCAAGUGAACAAGCUAUCUAUAGUAAGUGAAAGUCUUUUCUGAGUCUA